UGGGAGGUGGAGGGCUAGGGGGCGUAUCUUGUAAAAACUUGUAUGACGAUCUUGUGUCUAGAUCUACUGACUGUGUGGGAGGUGUCUAUAUAUUGUUGUGCUGAAUUUCUUACUGCUAUUAUAAAACUGGAGAAACUCUUCAAGAUUUAUACUGUCAGCUACCAUGGGCAAGCUCAUUCUGAUAUCAAUUAUCGUUGCAGCAUGCCUUAUGCUACCAACUGGAAAUGCUAGGACCAUCGAGCAAGCACAGCAACGAACAGAGAAGUAUUUCAAGCUACAGGAGGCAAAACUACACGCUGAGUUGAAACAGAAUCUGGAUAAAGUUUCGGCCUCCCUUCGUUCCUCUGAGAAACCAUCCUACAAGCUGACCAAUUCAGAUGAUGUGCAAGCGCUAGAGGCAUUCUAUAAAUCGACAGGUGGUGACAAGUGGUCCAACAGCACGGGCUGGUUGAAAGGGGACCCGUGCAAUCCCUUCUGGUAUGGAGUCUAUUGUCUGGACGGACGAGUGCUGCAACUUAAUCUCGUUGACAAUCAGUUGAGUGGAUCCAUCCCUGCUGACAUAGCAAAAGCUUCGGCCAUGCAAGUCAUGCGAUUUUACUCCAAUUUUCUCACCGGGAAAAUCCCAAGCGAAAUCUUCACCAUGAAAUCAUUGCAGGUAUUCGACGCCAACAACAACCAACUCUCGGGCGGCUUGCCGGACAUUACAAUGGAUAAUCUCACGGACCUAAUACUGUAUAACAACAUGCUCUCCGGGAAUUUCCCUAAUAUAAAGGCACCAAUGCUGAUACAUCUCGAGCUGUCUACGAAUAUGUUUGUUGGUGAAUUUCCCGAGAGCCUGUCGUUAAGCAAGAACAUCCAGCAGCUGGUUGUAUCGCGGAACAUGCUCACCGGUUCGUUCCCGUCUUCGUACGGAUCCUUCAGCAGCUUGCAAUUGCUGUGGACAUUUUACAAUAACUUUGACCGCCCUACUUUCCCCGAUUCUUGGCAGGGAAUGACUUCCAUGCAGCAGAUACAAUCUGACAGGAUGCACGGGACGAUGCCGGAUUGGUUCGGUGGAUGGAAGGACUUGCAGAUAUUCGUGGUUAUUAACGGCGCACUCACUGGAAACUUCCCGAGCUCAAUCUGCGAUUGCACAAAGUUGCAAAAUUUUCGCAUUUUCAACAAUUCUCUCACUGGUACUGUACCCAGAUGUAUUUGCACGUUUCGGUCGCUAACUGAUAUCGAAAUUUCCGAUAACCAGUUCACAGGACCAAUGCCAGAUUGCAUUGGGGACGUUACUUCCCUUGCUUCCAUCUUUUUCUCGAGAAACAACUUCAGCGGAGAGCUACCUGCGUCCAUUGGUCAGUUAGUGAACUUGGAAACUCUUGAUGUAAGCGAGAAUAUGAUGUACGGCAGAAUCCCCAGCACCAUCAACAACUUGAGGGAUGAGAUCGCUGAAUUUGCCAUCUGCUACAAUAAAUUCUCUGAAAUUGACGAGGGACUUGGCGAUUUUUUCAACAGAAUCAAGGACUACGGGUGUGCAUUUUACAACAACCCGUGGUCUUGCCCCCUUUCCACAGAGGUUCCCAAAGAAUGCUCGGCCGAGUGCUCCAAGUGUAACACAGGCGCGCAACACGGUGACUGCGGCAGCUGUAUUCAAUCACAGGGGUGUGGUUGGUGCAACGAUGGCCCCAACUGUCUGGAGGGGCAAGAUAGUGGUCCUGAGAAUUCUUAUCGUUGUGAGGCAGAGAAGUGGACGUUUGGGACAUCCUCGUCUUGCCCUUAACAUUUUUAGUGGAUAACUAUUGAGAACUCUAAUCAUGCAAUACUCUUAUAUUGUUAUUUUCUCUUUGUACUUAUCACUAUAACUAUAGUCAUGCAUUGUUCGCACAUGAAUCAAGUUUUUUUCUCUUGGAAUAAUUAUAAUGGUUGAAAUUAAUUUGUAUACACUGA